UGACAAAAUGGAAAUGUUUUCAUUCAUUUCUGCGGUUUUUGCGUUGCUCAUCGCUGGGAACGAAUUGGCCAGGGCGAUGCUGAGUGACAUUGGUGACUAUGUAGGAACAGACAUUGAGAUCUCCUGGUUGCCGAAUCUGGAUGACCUGAUGAAAGGCUAUGCUCGAAACUUUCGACCAGGGAUAGGAGGACCUCCAGUGAAUGUUGCCAUGGCUAUUGAAGUAGCCAGCAUUGACCAUAUCUCAGAAGCCAACAUGGAAUACACCAUGACUGUGUUUCUGCGUCAGAGCUGGCGGGAUGAGCGACUUUCUUAUAAUCACACAAAUAAGACUCUGGGGCUAGACAGUCGUUUUGUAGAUAAACUCUGGGUACCAGAUACAUUUAUCGUCAACGCCAAGUCAGCUUGGUUCCAUGACGUCACUGUGGAGAACAAGCUCAUACGCUUGCAGCCUGAUGGUGUUAUUCUUUACAGCAGUAGAAUCACAUCCACAGUAGCCUGUGAUAUGGACCUGACCAAGUACCCGAUGGAUGAACAGGAGUGCAUGCUGGACCUUGAGAGCUAUGGAUACUCUUCAGAAGAUAUCAUUUACUACUGGUCAGACAGUCAGAAACAAAUUCAUGGCCUGGACAAACUGGAGCUAUCCCAGUUUACCAUCACAGACUACAGCUUCAUCACUGAAAUGAUGAACUUUAAAUCAGCUGGCAGAUUUCCUCGACUCAGUUUGCACUUCCGGCUGAAGCGUAAUCGAGGCGUUUACAUAAUCCAGUCCUACAUGCCUUCCAUCCUGUUGGUUGCCAUGUCUUGGGUCUCUUUCUGGAUUAGCCAAUCAGCGGUGCCUGCACGUGUAUCACUAGGAAUCACUACUGUGCUAACCAUGACUACGCUGAUGGUGAGUGCCCGCUCCUCAUUGCCCCGAGCUUCUGCCAUAAAAGCUCUGGAUGUGUAUUUCUGGAUCUGCUAUGUGUUUGUGUUUGCCGCCCUGAUUGAGUAUGCAUUCGCCCACUACAAUGCAGACUACAGCAAGAAAGAGAAAGCCAAGGUCAAGGCAAACAAGAGUGCAGCGUCCAUGGUGAAGAAUGGAAAGCAAGCCAUGGUGCUCUUCUCUCUGUCAGUGACGGGUAUGAAUCAGGGGCUCGUGGUCUCCAACCGUCAUAGCCGUGCCCAACGCCAGACUGAAACACCAAGUGAACCACAGGAGGAGGUAGAUAUGACCAGUGCCCAAGUCUGUCAAACUGAGCAAGAGGGCAGUGAGGAACGGAGGUGCUGCAAGUGCAAACCCAUCGAUGCUGACACAAUUGACAUCUACGCCCGGGCUGUGUUCCCUUUCACCUUUGCAGUGGUUAACGUCAUAUACUGGGUGGCUUAUACAAUGUGACUCGGAGAUGCUUUAAUACUGGCUGCCUGUACAUGGAACAAUAAAGUGAAGUGCAGCUAAAAAUAGAUUUUUACACUGCAGGA